AUGCAUUUUGGGAAGAAGGGAAAGCUAAGCCCAAGGUAUAAAGGUCCAUUUGAGAUUUUGGAGAAAGUUGGGCAAGUUGCGUAUCGCUUGGCUUUACCACCAGCACUCGCUGAGACGCAUAAUGUGUUCCAUAUUUCCAUGUUGAGUUAUGAACUGUUGGAACUGAAGCGGGACCUGAGUUAUGAUGAGCAACCAGUGCAAAUCUUAGAGACAGGAGUCAAGGAACUGAGGUUCAAGAAGAUUCCACUAGUGAAGGUCCUGUGGAAGAAUUGUUCAGCUAGAGAGGCAACCUGGGAGUUGGAACAGGACAUGAGGGAAUGA